AGGAAGAGAAUGUGAUGGUACAGGAGCAGAUAUUGGCUGUCCUUCUGAAGACUGAGAGCACGAGCAAACCGUGGGAAUCAUGGGGCAGUGAGGUGCAGAUGUCCUCCAGUGACCUUAAGGCACAUGGUGUCCUGGGCCUUGAUGACAGUCUUGCCUCUGCAGACACUGACAACCAGAGUGAAUGCAGGUCACCAGAGGCAACUAGUGAAACUGUGGCCUCAGAACACAGCAUGGGCCACAAUGGCCGGCUGACUGAGACUGAGUUGACUGGUCUGAUGUGCCCUCAAAGCAGCAGGGGAGAGUUGCUGAAGGAGCUGAGAGGACUGCAUGUUCUGGAUGAGCUUAUCAUGGAGGAGAACCUCAAGAUCCACCAGCUUCGACGGGCUGAGAAGCAGUGCCUUGAUGAAAAGCCCACUCAAUCUGUGGUUUCCCGAAGUACGAGCAAGGAGAGGCAGGAGUUUCUAUUAGAACUAGCAAGGGAGAAAAGGGAAGUGGAGGGGAUGGAAAAUAGCCUAGACAAAGAGAUAACAAAAGAAUGUCAACUCAAGAGGAUGAGCAGGAACAGAAAAGUAGUGAAAUGCUCAGUAAUGGAAAGGACUUCUAAACUUAACUUGGAGGACCGUGCACUCUGUGAUAAUCUUAUAUCAGACAAUAGGAGCCAACACCACAAAGUGAAGCACUUGCCAUCCUUACCCCAACACUCCAUAAACCUGGAUCCUAAUGAAUCCCUCAGUAUUACUGCAACCCCAUGUCCAGAUUAUGCCAAAACCCCUGUAUCACAAACAUGUGUUCAAAGUGUAAAUGGUCAUUCCCCACAUGUUGACGUUAAUAUAUCCGGCUGUGGUGAUGCCAUGGUAGUUGACACCCCCAGCUACUGUGAUCUUACUGAGCACAAUUCACAAGUUUUAACUCUACCACAAAUCACUUCUGAUCCCAAUGACUCUAUUGAAGAGGUUGGAUUCCAAAGCCAUGAGGGUACAGAGAAAGAUGUAAGAUCUGGGGAAGCCUUUCAAAGUUGCACACCAGAGACUACCUCCUUUAUAUGUGAAAUGUGCCCUGAACAUGGAGCAUUUGACCCAGGGGCUAAUGCCAACACCCCUGUGCCUAAACCAAGAAAGGCAUCUGUUCCUGUGAAUGAUAAAGGUCAAGAACUCAAAAUUCCAACCAAACCCAUAUAUAGAACCCUCUGCCCUGAUAGUGAUUCUGACCCUAACCCUAGGCUCACACCGCAAGUUGCGCUCAAUACUCACCUGAAGCCUAAAGAGCGAAACCUCAAACCUACAAACAGUUCUCCUAAUCCUGUUCUGAGUCCGGAUGUGAAUAAACACAGAAGUGACAACAAUGACAAACCCUUCGCUGAUCAACAGGUAUCCUUAUGUAAUGACCCUUUGGAGUUCCAUGAACAGUCAACACUAGGCGGCUGCUCUAUGGGAUCAACAUUAACGCUUGUUGACUCUGACUGUGUUCAGAUAGAAAUCCACUGCUCCCAGAAAUCUGAGGAUGUGUUAACACAUUUGGGGUCUAAUUCUGAAGAGCAAUCUCAUAUGUCUGCUGAGGUAACAUCUGGAUCAUGUGAACCAAGUGGAGCUGAUGAGUGGAGAGAAGUAGAUGUCCCUGAUGGGUUUCAGAGGUGUGGUACUGCCAGGAGAUCACCUGUCAAUCAACCCAAUCACCACAUCCCCACCAGAGACAUGACCAAUUUCAAGACCCCUAUUGUGCUGGACACAGGGUCUGGUUUGAUGAAAGCAGGGUUUGCCGAUCAGGACCUCCCGAAUACGAUAUUCCCAAAUAUCAUUGGGCUGCCAAAAUACGAGGAAAUAAUGAAUGGCUACUUGGAACGGGAGACCUAUAUUGGACAUGAGGCUCAACAUAUGAGAGGAGUCCUGGCACUGAAGUAUCCCAUGAAGAACGGAAUUAUACGCAACUGGGAUGAAAUGGAAAAGAUUUGGCACCACACAUUCCAGCAGUUGCAUGUGGAACCAGACGAUCACCCUGUCCUACUGACCGAGGCAGCCAUGAACCCACUGGCGAUCCGUCAGCGCAUGGUGGAACUCAUGUUUGAGUGCUUCAAUGUUCCUCUCACCUACGUGGCCAUGCAGGCAGUGCUGGCACUUUAUGCAGCAGGGAGAACCACAGGUGUAGUGUUUGACUCUGGGGAUGGAGUGAGCCAUAGUGUGCCAGUGUUUGAGGGAUACUGUUUACCACACGCAGUGCAGCGCUGCACCUUGGCUGGCCAUGAUGUUACAAUGCACCUUAAAAAGCUUCUGCAGGAGCAGGGGUUCUGCAUGCGCACUUCUGCCGAGAUGGAGAUUGUGAGGGAGAUGAAGGAGAAAUGCUGCCGGGUGUCCCAGGACUAUGAAUCUGAGCUAACCUGUGGAGGGUCGGCCAGCAAUGCGAUGAAUUACACCAUGCCUGAUGGCCAGGUCGUUCACCUCAGCACAGAGCGGUUCAGGGCUCCUGAGAUUCUGUUUAAGCCAGAGCUGAUUGGACGAGACCAUUACGGGAUGCACGAGAGUAUUUUCAAGUCUAUCCUUAGUUCAGACAUUGACCUCCGGCGGAGUUUUUUGGGGAACAUUGUCCUUUCAGGUGGAAAUACCCUGUUGGCUGGCCUGCCUGAGCGGCUUCAGAGUGAAAUUAGAACCAUGGUGCCUACAGACUUGGGGGAGUGUGUGCGGGUGACAAGCCCUAAGGACAGAGAUUUCUCUGUAUGGAGUGGAGGUGCAGUGCUGGCCAACUUGUCUUCCUUUGCCUCUGCUUGGAUCAGCCAAGAGGAAUACGAGGAAUAUGGCCCCCAGAUUGUUUUCAGGAAGUGCUUCUGAGCUGGACUCGCCUGAAAUGUAUGGGUGCAAGUUCUUACACAUGUGCAAUAGAGUAUAGUGCCUAGUUUCUAUGUCUGUGUUUUUUAAACCUUUUUUUAUCGUUUUCAAUUGUUGUUUUUGUACUACGUUUUUCAUUACUGAUGUUUUGCACUGACACUUCCAACGAUUUGGUACUUUGAGUGUGAUAUAAAAUUUUCUACUGUUGUCGGAUCAGACAAUACUUGAAUGUUCCGUUUUAUGCUUACUGUGGCAGAAAUCCUGUCAAAGGAAGAUUAACUUACUUUCUAGCAGCUAUAGUGCUUGUCAUGAAUCCCCUGAUCAGGAUCUGGCCUUAUGUAAAGAAAGGUGACUGAUUCUCCUCUGAAUGACUCCUAAAAAAGAGUAACUGGGAUCGGUGUGCCUCUUGAAAUAUUAGGGUGUUUUCUACCCUUUUCUCCACCUUUUAUAUUUUAUUUUUAGGAAUAUGACAAGGCACUUGAACCAGGUAUUUUGGUGAUGGUAGGGAAACCGAUCUGUUUUAUUUAAGGGCCCAUUUUGAGCAAUCUUUUCAGUUUCUGAGGAGUUACUACGACAAUGCCACUGCUCUAGCAAGGUCAAUGACCAGAACUGUAUGUAAUGCCCCCAAUUUGAGUAUAGUUUCUCAGUUCAUUUUCCUAUAUUAAGAUGAGCUUUCUAAAGUUAAUCUUGAAAUUGUCUGUAAAUAUUUCUGUUUUAAAUUGGCUUUCUAAAGUUGUCUUGGAAUAACUUAACCUAACAUGUCCACGUUACAUUUUCUGUGUCCACUUGGUGAGAUACUGUAGUUUUCCCUCCAAGACUUGUAGCUCAAUCAAUGCAGGUGAAGAGUUUAGUAUGUUGAUGCCACCAUGCCUGAAUGGUAGACUGACUGUUCAUUUUACUUAUCCAUUUGAGUUUUCCUUCUGUCUUGAGUCUGCACUUAGUGUUGAUUAGGGUAUGUUUCAUGUACCAAGUAUAAGGCCUAUAUUGCGCAAGUCCUGAAUUUAGUGUCAUUAUUCAGCUGUAUACAAUCACUGUUUAUUGUGCAUUGAUCCUUAACAUACAUUUUUGUUUGAUUUGGCCCUUGAUUCAAUGUACUAACAACCUCUAUUCUUGACUGGUAUGAUUUGUUUGUUCACAUUUAUUUAUUUUCAUAUUUGACUUUACAUGUUUGUUCACAAUAUAUUGACUUUUUUGACUUAUUAAUAUUGAGUGAUCUUUCAACUUUUAUGAAUGGGUCAUAUCUGACUUAAAUGCAUGGUUUUUCUAACUAUUUUGACAGCAAAUACCUGAACUUGAUGAGAAUGUUGACUUUUGUUUCAUUGAGGCUACCUGUUAGCCAUGUUGGCUAUGCCCUUACCAUUUUUUUGCUUUCUUUGACUUCCUAUGGAUACUAUGGACAAGCAAUUGGCCUUAUUAGUUAACUUAUUUUGAUCAACCCCAUUGUAUUUACAGUAGACUUACUAGUAUCUAGUGUGACUCACUCAUUACAUAGCUGCCCUUUGAUUUUGGCACGAUUUUUGCUUGUUCUCUUCAAUGUGUUUUUAGAACUGCCAUGUUUUUCUGCUCUAAAGAAGUGGGGUUGCCAUGUGAUCUUAAUCACAGGUCUUUUUAAAUGGAGGUCUGAAGUGUUCCCUGUGGGAAAUGGAAAGGCCCUAAGAGGGCUUAAAUUUGGAGAGGGAUGAAUAGUCGGCUCAUUUGUUAGUUCUUGGUGGUCAGAGGUAGAAUUGAAGUCCCAGCCUCGUUUUUUGAUGGUAUAUUCCAUGCUCGAGUCUUGCUAUGAUUUACUUAAACCAAGUUGUAUGUCAGGUCUUUUUUUUUUUAGAAUAAAUAUUUUUUAUUUA